UUACUUUUGACCUUGAUUCUACCUUGAGUUCCUUAUUUCUGUGCCUCAAACCUCAUGUAGAGCUAGACCGAACAGAUUAUCUCUCAUUUCAAAUUUUAGUAUAAAACCAUGACAAGAGGCACAGGUGUCGCUGAGAAGUUUAAGAUAUUCCUGGAAAUGCCUCACAGGUUUGAACACCCUGGGGUCCUACACACUGAGGUUCAGAGGGCUGAUACUGUGGGUGGAGCUUAUGUGACACCACUUGAGGGAGAGGAGAGAUAUAAGAGAGUGACAGAGCUCACUCACCUGCAGAAAAACAGCACCAGCACAUUGAAAACACAGGAGGCGCUUUAACUGUGAGGAUUAUAAUCUCUCUGCAGACUCUCAGACAUUUAUUAUUAACUAUGUCCCCAGACGCCAGCUUGUUUCUCCUCAUCACUUUCUGGGCUUCAGUACAUGAUGGUGAGUUGAUUUUUUUUUUUUUGUAAUCUCUUAAAAGAUACACAUAAAAAUAACCUUUUAACAGGAUGUGCAUGACAGUACAUGUACCUAUGUACCUACAAAGACUGAAAAACAGCAGGAAAUAGAAUUUAAGAACGCACGCUUCCUUUUAUUUUCUGUUCAAAGAGCUGUGAAGUGUGUGGAUCACUUGCUGUUUGCAUGGUGACUGGGAUAUCAGUAACCCUGUGCAUGAGAAAAUAAUAGCCUUCACUGUACAGUAUGUUGGUGCACAUACAUGUUUUGGCAUGCACAGGACACAUAAAAGGAUUCAUUUAUCAAAGCUGCUAGAUGUUACCUUUUUCUUUAUAAUGGCAGUUGUUUUUGUUGGUUUUCCAUGGAAGAGUUUGACUAAAAGACGAUUAAAGAAAAAGGAGAUUGUUUGUGAGCCGUUUUGAUUGAUUUUGUUUGACUAGUUUUGAACUUGGCACAAAAAAAUGAAGACAUUCCUGCAGCCCUGUCCAGUAAAUAAGACUGUUUGCUCACUGUUUUAAGAGAAAGUUGAUGAGCUUUUUCAUGUCCGCACUUGUAUUUUCUAAAAAGAAUAAACUGGUGAUGCAACACAUCCGUAAAAAACAGUCUGAGACAAACAGUAUGGAGCCUGGCUGAAGAGUGUGUCUUUGUCUCACCCCAGGUUUUGGUCUUCCGGUGAUGAAACAGCAGGAUGUGGAGACCAGUGAAAACGUCCCAACACAGAGGGUGAGGACAAAACGCUGUGCCUGCAGCAGCCAGAUGGACUCAGAGUGCCACUACUUCUGCCACCUGGACAUCAUCUGGAUCAACACACCAAGGUGAGCUGGAGGACACACUAAACAAGAUUUAACUUACAUAGCAUGCACACUUCUACAGUCACUCUUAGGAUCUUCAACAUGAUCUCUACAAAUAGAGCACAGUUUGUGCACUUCCAGCCCAGUAUCCAUGGAUUAAAGAUAUGCUACCUUAAUCAUUUUAUGAUUUCAUUAUCAUGAUAUGAUUACAUUACAGCAAGGAGCAAAGUCUGCAGAUUGCUUCUAUCAUUUGCAUGUCUCCUCUCUGCAGCAAGACAACAGUUUAUGGUCUUGGAAACUCUCUGUCCCGGCGCAGGAGGUCCACAAGUCGCUGCACAUGUGCGAACCCCGGUGAUCAAACCUGCACCAACUUCUGCAAUCCCAGGUAAGUCUGAGUCCUGUGCAGCUCUUUAGCAUCACCCAGUGAGAUCCUAGUCAACUUAAUUUGUAAAGGAAGGUUUCAUUUCCCUUUGUGGGAGAGAAGGAGUGGUGCAGAGGGAGGGAACUCCCCCUGUCAAUGCAGUGCUAUAAAUAACCUGACUGAGUUCAAUAACUCCUGUUAGUCGCGGGUGUGAUCAAAACAAAACAGCUGAGGCCUGAGGGAGUAUAUUAUCUCAGGCUCGUGCUUGAAGCUUGUCUUUCAGUGGCCCUGAGGACAGGGGAGUGAAAUGAAAGCAAUUAAAAGUGAUGUAAAGAAUUCAUGUUUCCUGGAAAAACCAAACAAAUCAUGUAAGCACCUGGAAACAGCAGAGGCAGCAUGAGGUGUCAUGUAAGGUCAGCCAGGCCUCCUGUUUACGGUGGCUGGUGGCAUAAAAGCUUAAGUAAACCUGUAAAGAUAAGAGUUUUCUAGGUUACAGAGAGUGUAAAAAACAUGAAUGUUUUGCUGUUCUUAUUCAAGAGAGCAACAUCUAUAAAGUCAUUUCCGUGACGAAGUCAUUUAUGUCAAGGGUGCUGUUCCUAUGAAAUGACUUGGCUGUUUUCUUUUGUGCAGCUCUGAAAGCAUCUUAUCAAAAAGAUCCACGGAAAAACACCAGCUUGACAUACUCAGCAUCCUAAGGUGAGCUUUGAAUGGAGGGAAAAUAUAUUCUAGCAAGUCCAUUGGCAUUUUGAGCAUGUUCAUAAUCAUGUGAUCGAUUUUUUCUCUCUCUCUCUCUCUCUCUUUUUUAGAGCAUCAGCCAUCAGAUCCAAGCAAGUUCUGGAUCCACCUGAUUCAGACAGACUCUCUGAGGCUCAGAGGAAGAACACCCGCUAAACAUGUGGCUGUUAAGGCAACAAAAGAGGGAAGAGGAGAGCAGCGAGCACCUGAACAAAUGACCCUCCUUUGAUCGAGAGAGGGGAAACAAAGGGCUGCUGAAAGAUCCGACUCAGGAAGGCUGAUGUGCCGCACAAAGACAAGGGUGGAAAAUGUGCUAGAUAUGCAAACAGAAAGAGACGUGGACAUUCAGCACUGAGAGAGGAGCCACUAUCAUGACUAGUGACAUGUCUUACGCUGAUCUGUAAAAGCCAGAGCAGCUGUGACUCUUGACUGUCCGGCACUGACAUAAACAGAUGUAAGAGAGGAAAAGAAACAUGCAUACUGUACAUACAUGUGCAGGAAUGCCUCACAUAUACGACAUGUUUUCACUAAUCUUUUGAGACAAGCCAUAAAUCUUGUCAGCAAUUUUUUUUUUUUUUUUUUUUUUUUUUUAAUGGCAUGAGAGAUUGAAUUCUCGGUCAUGUAAAAACUCUUAACAUGAGACUUUAUUAAAACAAUAUAUUAAAAAUGCUCAAUUUACUUUUUUGUUUCAUUUUUCCUUUAGUAUGUCAAAAGUUUUGAAAUGUAAAACACAAAUCAAGACCCAAAAUAAAAGAGAAGUUACCCUUA